CGUGUCCGCUUCUCUCACGUCCAUACGCGUAAGGAAAACCUUCCCCUCCCUGGCCUCUCGCAAUCUCUCGCUUAGUCGGGGUCGCGUGAGGGCUCUGGAAAUCUCCGUCGUUAUAUUUGCAGUGCAUACAGGAAGAUGAAUUAAUCCCUCUUUCUAUGCUGACAUAUAGUUUUUCCACUUCUCAACACGAACUUGUGAGUUUUAGGGCUUACUGGGGAAUCUUGUGAUACUGAGAUGGUAAAGAGGUUCACAGAUCACUCCAAGGGUUUGAGAUUCUUCUGCCAGGAGAUCUGUCAGCGUUUUCAGGAUGAUUAAUUGGAACGAUCCGGACCAGGUUGGUGAUGCAUUUUGGGGUGAGCAAAAAGAAAUAGAAGACCAUAUAGUGCCCCAACCUAAGGAACAUGAUGGAAAUAGUUUCAGCAAGUUUGAAAGGUGUAGCAGGAACCAGAGGUGCGAAGAUGAUUGUGGAACAAAAAACAAUUUUCUCGUUUGUAACGUGAAAAAUGGCUCCAGUAGUAACACAAAUCAGGAAUUCAACGAUGCAAGCAUUGAUAUGGAUUCAUGGCCUGAUUUGCCUAACUUAGGCAUGGCAUUUGGUGGAUGCUUCAAUGAUGAAAUUGCUCAAGAUUCUGUUGUAACUGGAUUGGUGACUCACCUUGCUGAUACCGUCGAUCUGAAAUCUAUGGGGGGUUUUAUGGAAGAAUACAAACACUCUGGUGGAAUUCUUCGUGACAAGGCCUCGCCAUCUUUAAGCCGAACAUCUAUUCUCUUGAGUAGCAAUGAGAUGCAGCUGGAUGGUGAGCCUGAUUUUUUUGGGAAUGAUGAAAAUGAAAACGACAAUUUUAUGGACUAUGAUUGGGCCAUUGAAGACUUUGGUGAUCUUGAUAAGAUGUUUAGAAACCAUGAUUCAAUAUUUGGAAAUGAAAUGAUUGCCAACCCUGAUACCUUUCUCAAUGCAUCUGCAGAGUUAAUUAGCUGCACUUCCCAAUCUAUUCCGGUGCCUGAUAUUCCAAUAUCCAGAGAACAAGAUUGGGAAGAAGGCUAUUCCUCUCAUCAUUUAGGUGAACAUUCUAAUGUAGAAGUGAACCAUUUGAAGAAGGGGAAGGCAGAUAUAGAAAAUCAAACUUUUAGGACUAUGAAGAAGAAGCAGGAAGAAAAAGGAAAAGGCGGAUCUUCACAAGCCGUGAAUAAUAUAUCAUUUAAUAAAAACCAACAAUUAUCAAGCCCUAGACUGCAAGCUUCAACUGUGAAUCCUCUAUCAACAUUUCAAUCCCAACCCUUGGAACAACCAAACACAUCUCAUCCUGUCAUGCUCACAGAUUACGGAUAUCCCACAUAUCAGUUACAUGGUAUGCCAUUUCCCCCACAAAUCCAUCCAAUAGGGAACCAUCUAAAUUUCUCGAAGCAUCAAAAAUCCGUCGUAACUGCUUCUAAACCAUUGGGUAUGACCCCUCGAGAAAAGAUCGAAAAACUGAGACGAAGGCAGCAAAUGCAAGCUAUGCUUGCCAUUCAAAAGCAACGAGAGCAAUAUAAUCAUCAAAUCUCUGGUGCUGAUGAAGCUCCCUCGAUGGCCUAUUUGCAAAAUAACCAGAAUCAGGGUCUAGCCAGAGCCACUGCUGUUGGGGAAGAGCAUGCACGAAAGCUUUCAUCAUCAGAUGCUAGCAGUCUGGCAGACCAAGAUCAGUCUCAGAUGAUUUCUUCUUCGCUCGGCGACCGCUCCGUAGAAGAAACCAUAUAUUUUCAGCUACUAGAUGCCAUGGGAAAGUUGGACAUGAAUGUUAGGCUCAGCAUUCGUGAUAGCUUGUAUCGUCUAGCCAGAAGUGCCAUGGAAAGGCAAAAAAAUAGUGACAGAAGCAGCACUAACAAGAGCAACCAGGAAGAAGACAAGAUUUCUACAGACGAAGAAUCAAACAACAAGAACAGAUAUUCGAGGUUGCUAGACUGUGAGGCAGUCACCAAUCCUAUUGACCGGAUUGUCGCCCACCUUCUCUUUCACAAUCCUUCUGGGUCAUCUGUUAUGCCCAUGGCAGAUGCAGGUAUGUCCAUGGCAGCCACUUCUAUGUGACCCCGAGAAUUCAUUAAAAACUGGAUGGUUUAUCUUGUAAAUUACUUGGCAGCCUCACACUAAUUAAGUUGAAGCAAAGUCUAUGAAGAGGUGUGAGAAACAAACUACUCAUUCAAAUAUUAACUGAGGGAAGUUCCCAUUGUUAUUUUCUAACAAUUGUCAUUCCAUUUCCUUCUUGUUUGUUGAUUCCUGGUUUUCCUUCAAUGUGAAGAAGUCGUGUCGAGUCUAUGUUUAUCCAAGUUUAUACAUAUAGCCUCUGUAUAGUUUACUUGUACGUGUAUCGUCUAUGGUUGUCUUAGUGGUCGUGCUAAUUACUUCUGUAAAACUUAAAUAAAGCACCAAAUUGUU